GUGUGUGACAGAUAGCUCUGAUUUACGGCUCUGCCGUAAAAGGGCUUUUUCUAGCAGCAUCAGCAACAAGUCAGGAUAUUAAAGGGGAUGCAACAGAAAACCCGUGAAGGAAACAAGUCCUCAUGGCAGGACUCCGCAAGGAAUGGCAAUGUAUAUAAGCCUUUUCGAUGCCCUCAAUGUGGAGAGAAUAUACGUUUUAGAACCCUCUCAUCCCUAAGGGCUCAUCUUGAUUAUAUGCACAGCUAUGAGGAAAGGUAUUUUUUGGGAAAAUCCAGUAUUAUCUGUUCCUUGAAAGAGUCAGAACCAAAAUCAUCUCUUGAGCCGCUCAUCGAAAUACAAAUUGGUUCUAGUAACAAUGGCUUGAAGCAAAACACAUCAAUUUCUGCUUUUUGUGAUCUCACGAAUGAGAACAAGAAAAUCAGUAGUCCUAUAGAAACACUAUCUGAACAGACACUUAUUAAAAGUCUUUUUUCCGAUGACUCUGCAAAUAUUCACAAUCCUGUAUCUGGAUACCCUUCGACCAGGACUAAACUUCAUUUAGAACCUCAAGCGAAAGUCAUGUUCAACCAAAUUGCAGACGCUGUAGAUAAAACCAUAGAAAAGAAAAUUGACAAACUUAAUAAAGAACUUUGCCAAAAAACGUCAGAGCUCCUUGAAGUACGUGCUGCGUUUUUACAGCUUUCACAAAAAAAACAAGAAGUUCAGCGCCGGGAAAGGGCCCUAAGUCGACAGGUGGAUGUUGCUGUGGAGUUGAUUGCAAUUCUUAGACAACGGUUAACUGAAUCUGAGCAAGAACUUCAAAGAAAAGAGGAAGAAGUUGUUACAAUCAACCAUUUUCUGGAAGCAGCGGCCGAAAAAGAAUUCCGCGGCAAAAGAAGGCUUCAACAGUUUAUUGAGAACUUGCUUCAAAGAGUUGAACUUGCAGAAAAACAACUGGAAUAUUAUCAGAAUCGGCAGAUUAAAAAUACUCAGGCAUGUGUUGGCGAUGCUAUGGGUGGACAAAUCAUUGCUCACAGGAAAAGCAAGUGUCAGAAUCGAUGCAGUUACCAUCCUGGAAAUAUUACACAUGAUGCCAGACCUCAGUCUGUUCAGAAAGGGCGGACAUAUGCCAACCGUGUGGGGAUACAGCCUAUGAAACUGCUCCACGAAGCUACUGAUAGUUCUAAAGAUCUGUGGAAGGUGCAGAAGAAAGGUGACCCAACUGUUGUUGGCCGAAAAGUGCUUAACAAAACCAAAUUAGGAAAGAAACCGGGCAUGUGUAAUAAUGUAUAUAAACAGUACUAAAAUGUUCAAUUUGUUUACAUUUUUGUAAUAUAAAGCCGUUACAAACAGUGGUCUCUCAGAUACAUACGAUUGUAAUAAUUUAAGCACUGUAAUAGUGAAAAUGUUGGCCGCUUUUCUUUUGGCAGUGUAUAUUAUGAGAAAAAAAAACAGAAAAUCACUGCUUAUGGUAUGUACUUCAUGUUGCUUAUUUUUUCUUCACACAUAAUUAUCAUCAAAGUGCUGAAAAAGAUGACUAAUGCUAUUUUAGAUAUACAGUAUAUAUGUAUAAAGUGAGCGAGAGAUAUAAAGUAUAAUAAUAUAUUUAUGCUA